AUGGCUACUGAGCAAGAAUCGCCCGCCACCACCACCCGCCGCUACCCCAUCCCGCUCUGGCGUUACGGCUUCGAGUGGAACCCCGACAAGGCGCUCGAGCUCGCGCGCACAUGCAAAGCUCGCGGAGGCGCGGUACGGCCCCCACUGCAGGACAGGUGGGACCUCGACCGCGACCUCGACGGGGAACUGGCGGGUGAGCAGCUGAACAGCCGGAAACACGGCUUCGCCAGCGCGGAGCUCGGCCGCGGCGCCGACAUCUACGCCUGGGGCAUACUGUUUCUCCAUUACCAGACUAGGGUGCCGCGUAUAGGCGAGGAGCCCACCGCAGUACAUACUGGGAAGACGGGCGCGGGGGCGGAUAUCGUGUCGGAUGUCAUCCUUGUGGGGUCCGCGUACGCAAAGAAGGCCGAGCACCUGAGGAUCGAGUUCGUGCGGGACGCGGGGAGGCUCGUGAUCGCGGAGGACAACGUUGACAUACUCCGGGAGUAUCUCGGCGAGCCGCAGUGGUUCUUGGACUGGGAAUAUGCGGAGAGAAACAGGUUGCUUGACUCGCUGGAGGGCGGCGCGUUCCAGUCUCUGGUCGGUAUACCCGUGCCAGGCAGCGAUUCGGUCUCUGACGCCUAG